ACUUGAUGUACUUGACAUGGUACACUGGGCAGCACGAAUCUGUAGCUGAUUAUUUGUCAAGACUCUUUUCCUAACGGCAAACAGAAACACUGAACGUUAGUAACAUUCCACCAACGGAAGAGGAGAAAACUGUCUGAUUUAACGCAGGCCAGUCUUUAGCACAUUAGAGGUAACACAAUACGCACACUUGAAGAGGAAACGGGAAGGCCUGGGCUUUAAACCAUUCAUACCCUGUCGGUAACUAUGACAACCUCCAUCGUUCUCAGCCAAUCACAAUCUUGCUUUUCCGUCCCCGUACACGUUUUACGCCAUCUUGAAAUUACACCCGCAGUUUGUCAAGUCGCUCCCAAUUUGGAAAGCACAACAACUCUUUUCAUUAUCGCCACAGUUUCCGGUAUGAACAGUUCUCGAAACAAACCGACACAGGCAGUCGGCAAGGGACAAGCGGACGCAGACAGCAGUUCGGAGACGACCCACCGGGAUCGAAAGAUCGGAGGAGGUAUGCUGAAGAAGCUGAAGUCGAGGCGCAGUCAAACGGAUAAGUGGCCUGUGGUCACAGAGGAUGAACUCCGGGCUCUGGGAAGAGAUAUUUCCCCGGACCAUGUCCUGGGUCUCCGGGCUGUCACGGAGGACUAUCUUUGCAAACCUGAAGACAAUAUCUACAACAUUGACUUUACACGUUUCAAAAUCAGAGAUCUGGAGACAGGGACAGUCCUGUUUGAGAUUGCCAAGCCUCCCAACAGUGGUCCUAUGGAGAGUGAAGAGGAGAGUGGAGAUGUAGACACUAGUGCAGGACGUUUUGUCAGAUACCAGUUUACGCCAGCCUUCCUAAAACUGCGCACUGUUGGUGCAACUGUCGAGUUCACAGUGGGUGACCGGCCAAUCAACAGCUUUCGUAUGAUUGAGAGGCAUUACUUCCAGGGGCGCCUUCUCAAGAACUUUGACUUUGACUUUGGCUUUUGCAUUCCUAAUAGCCGCAACACAUGUGAACACAUUUAUGAGUUUCCACAGCUUCCAGACGACCUCAUUCGCCUAAUGGUGGAGCACCCUUAUGAGACCAGAUCAGACAGUUUCUACUUUGUGGACAACAAACUCAUCAUGCACAACAAGGCAGACUAUGCCUACAAUGGUGGUCUGUAAUACCUGAUGUGAAAAUGUGUGCAAUACCUCCCAGGGGAUUGAUUUCUCGGAUUACAACCAUCAGAAAGCUUUUCAGUGGACAGAAGUAUUCUCUCCUUUGUGGACAUUCCUACAAACAUGACAACAUACUUCAGAAUCAACAGACCACAUCUGCCUUGUAAUGAAAUCAUGGAUCCAUUCAUCAGUACCUCUCAGAGCUCAGUUUCUGGGACUCAGAGGAAUGUUCUGUUAAAUAUUUCUCUGUUAAAUCUGAUUGAAGCCUUUUUGUUCUGUCUUUCAGUUUGUCAUACAAGUAUCAUGUUACUGCUUGAACACUUUUUGCCUUUUUUUGUCUCUGUCUCUGCUGGAAAGGGACACUUUGAGUCACAGACUUUCUCAUGGCAAAGCCCAUAGACUGUGUUAGUUACUACUUCAUUUACUUAAAUAUAUAGAUGUUAUCAGUUGCAGUUUAUUUGAACCACCUCUUGCCAUUGACCGCUGUGUUUCCCAUAUGGAAAAGCGAGCAUUAACUAGAUGUUUUACAGUAUUGUUAGUCAUAGAUGAUCAUGUAGCACUAGUUGAAAUUGUUUGAGUUUCAUUGCUCCUUAGAUAUCUACUAUCAGUUGUGAGUAAUUGGGACUGUUUUUGUUAGAUAUUUAAGCUUGAUGUUCAUUUUAUAUGGUACAUUGUUAGGUUGACCAAUCUCUUCAACAACAGCAUGCAGUCCUUUCACAAUUUCAGAUGUCAUCUUCAUCUUGCUAGAAUCUGUUACAUUUUUAUGACAAAAUCUUUUUAACAUCAUGGCUGUCGACUGGGAAUCUAGUGCCUGUCAAACUCUGGGAUACCUGAAUAGGACAUGGUAGCAGCAGAAUCUAAGUUACUGGACUUGAUACAUCUUUCUUUAAAUGCCGUCCAUGUCUAAAACUAUUUGAUCUGUUUACCCACUCCAGUGUGUAAUCACAGAUAUUUAAUCCCUUGAGGUCUGUUUUCCUGGUUCAUUUGGUACAACAGCACUGUGAAUCCCACUCUGAAGGAGUUGACUUUGGCCAAUGGUGUGGUGUACCUAUUAGUAGCAUACAACUUGACAGUACAGAGAUUUGUAGUUUGGUAGUUGAUUUAUUUUUAAUCAGGGUUGAUUUAUUUUUAAUCAGGUCCUGGGGUAGAUACAGAGGUUGACCUGUCUCUUUCUAUUCAUGGAAGCCCUGCUUAAGGACCAUAUCGGUGGUUUUGUACAAUUUAUUGUAAAUGUUCUUCGUUCACUACAAAUUGUGUAAUAUUUUUAUUACACACAAGUCUAUUAAGUACUAUGUAAUGAAACUUUUCACAACAGUCCUGCAAUAAAUCCUACUUAGUUAGAGCUAUUUGUAAGUUUUGCUAUUGCUACAAGGCCAGCUUUAGC